ACAGCCCCGAGGUCCGCCAUUAGAGCCUACCACGAAGUGCCUCCCCUGCGAGGCGCCUUAGAGGGCCCUGUCCUAGGCCAUUCCAUGAACCUCUGCCUGGGUAGGUGACAUGUUUCAGGCUCUACUGAGGGUUCUUUCCUCCAGGGGAGGGAGCCCCUGAACCCACACCCAUGCAGUAUGGAGAGGGUGGGCCCCCAACCUGGCUACUUUGAGGCCCAGAGAGGGGUCGUCAUUCACCUGGAAGCGGUGGUCUCAGGGUUGGGGCUAGUACCCAGGCGUGUGGACCCUGACACAGCCCUGUCCUGUGUACACCUUGCUGCCCCAAGGCUACUGCAGGUGAGCUCAGGUGAGCUCUGGUGUGUCUGGGCAGGCCUGGUGGCCUGGGGCUGGGCUUCCAGGGAAGCGCAGGGCCCUGCCUGGCCCCGCCCCUGCCCCCAGGCGUGUGGGGCGGGCCCUGGGGCUGGCUGGGUGCCGAGGCGAGGCAGGGAGGUGGGGAAGCCCCCGGUGGAGCAUGCCCUGCCUGUUGGAGGGCCAGCGCGGCACCGAGGGCCAUGGAGCCUCGGCUGAGGGGCUGCUUGGUGGCUGUGGCUCUGGCUCUCUUUCUGCGGCUGCUGGGGGCCCAGGGCAGCGCUCCCAACCCCAGCUGUGACUGUGCCUACAACUUCCCAAAGAGGGAUGGUCUGCACUGUUGCCGGGGCUGCCCGGCAGGGCACUACUUGAAGGCCCCCUGCACAGAGCCUUGUGGCCAUGCCACCUGCCUCCCGUGCCCCCAGGGCACAUUCCUGGCCAGGGAGAACCAUCAUGAGAGCCGCUGUGCCCGCUGCCAGGCCUGUGAUGAGCAGGGCUCCCAGGUGGCCUUGAAGAACUGCUCGGCUGUGGCAGACACCCACUGUGGCUGUGAGCCAGGCUGGUUCCUGGAGUGCAAGGUCAUACAUUGCAUUGAGAGCUCACCCUUCAGCUGCCGUCCGUGCAAAGACUGUGGGGCCCUGCACCGCCACACACAGGUGCCCUGUUCCAGCAGAGACACCGACUGUGGGACCUGCCUGCCUGGCUUCUAUGAAUAUGGCAACAACUGCGUGCCCUGCCCCACGAGCACCCUCGGGAGCUGUCCUGAGCGCUGUGUGGCUGUCUGUGGCUGGAGGCAGACUGCUCUUUCAGUGUUCUGGGUCCAGGUGUUCUUGGCAGGCCUGGUGGUCCCACUCCUGCUUGGUGCCAUCCUGACCUACACAUACCGCCGCCACCAGUCUUGCAAGCCCAUGGUUCCUGACGAAGCUGGGAUGGAGGCCCUGUCGCCCCUACAGGCCACUCAUCUCUCACCUUGGGACAGUGCCCACAACCUUCUGGUGCCACCUAGCAGCAGGGAGGCCUGCACUGUCCAGUUGGUAGGCAGUAGCUGGAGCCCUGGCACCCCACAGACUCAGGAGGCACUCUGCAGGGAGGCGCCCUGGUUCCGGGAGCAGAUGCCCAGCAGAGCUCUUGGCUCCCUGCCACCGCCACCGCCACCGCCAUCACCAGCGCCCCCGACAGCCUCCGUGGCUGCCGUCCUCCAGCCCGGCCCGCAGCUCUACGACGUGGUGGACGCGGUGCCCGCGCGGCGCUGGAAGGAGUUCGUGCGCACGCUAGGGCUGCGCGAGGCGGAGAUUGAGGCUGUGGAGGUGGAGGUCGGCCGCUUCCGCGACCAGCAAUACGAGAUGCUCAAGCGCUGGCGCCAGCAGCAGCCAGCGGGCUUGGGCGCCGUCUACGCGGCCCUGGAGCGCAUGGGGCUGGAUGGCUGCGCCGAGGACCUGCGCGGCCGCCUGCAGCGCGGCCCGCCCCCCUAGCUCGAGAGUCUGCUGGCCCUUGCAGAAGCCCUAAGUACGGUUACUUACCCGUGUAGACAUUUUAUGUCACUUAUUAAGACCCUGGCCCGGCCCUGCGUAGCAGCGCCAGCCUCAUCCCUGCGCCCCCCGGGGUUCCGGUGGAGGGGAGAGCAGCCACGACUACCGGGAAGGGGUCAGGAGGUUGCUCAGCUGUUUCUCGGCCUGAUCUUGGCUGAGGCCCUGGUAUUAAAUCAAUGAAGAAAAGCUGCUGCUUGGUGUUAACGCGAGGCGCGGGUGUUCCGUAGCCUGGGCUCGGUUUCUUGGCGUCGAAAGAGCCGCAAGUCUCGACACUCCAGGGUCAGACACUCGCGUUGGAGACCCUCGAGGCUCGUAGCUCCCGCCCCGCCUGGCCCAGUUACCCCGAGGGAGAGAGGAAGUCGCAGCGUCGGGGAGUGAGAUUGAAGAGGUGUAACUGAGGCUCAGGGACUGUGACUUGCCAAAGAUCACACAACUGACGCAACUGGAAAAAAGAUGAUAUGAACAAACUGUAACUAUUAAAUAAGUCCCUCUAAUGACACCAAAGGAACAUGACAUGCUUGGAAGGGUUUGUUGGAAAUCUCUGCCCAACAUUGGUGCCAGCUUACUGCUGUCGUUGCUACAAAGGACAAGGAGUGACCUGCCCACGGAACCAGAUUCAGGCCAGAGAACAUCGUCUCCAGCAGCCCUUAACCCCGCCAAUAAUUCCUGCCUCAAGGGAGGCCAGAGGGGCUGCCACCCACAAGUAGAUAGCAUUGUGGGGGAGGCUGCUCUGAAUAAAAGUCACGGAAC